CAGGAGGGUGUGUGUAUGAGUGCGUGAGUGAGUGUGUGUUUGUGUGUGUGUGUGUGCGCGCGCGCUCUGUCCCUGACCAAUACAUACAGAUACACGGGAGGAAGAUGAUGAGACUCUACUAGGACGAGUGGACCUUCUAGAUUGGAUACAUUUCGGGAUCGGACCUGAAUCAGCGUGUUUGCGCUCGGACUCCCCAUCUAUUAACCGGACAAAUAUCUGCCGGCAUAUUGAAGAAUAUCUGCGCCUCUCUGUAUAAUGCCGACACAUAUGAGAUUCCGGAGAAGGUCAUUUCUCGGGCUUUUAUUUCUCUUCUCGCUCUCCACUUCUGCACUGUACUUCAUCUAUUCAGCUCCUGGCAUAGUUAAUGAGUACCUGUUCAUGGUUCAGGCCCGUGGAAUCCAGAUCCGUGAGAAUGUGAGGAAUAUGGGAGCUCAGGUUCUUGAGCAGAUGGUCCGCAGUGCCUACAACACCACCGGCACAGACUAUACAUAUGAGUUUAACUUAAGUGAGACAGAUGUUCCCACCACUCCUUACCUCCCAGAGGGCUUCACAUACAUGCCUGAUCAGGUCUGCCCGGAGAAACUGCCCUCCAUGAAGGGCCAGCUGAAGGUGAACAUGAGUGAGAUCGCUCUAGAGGAGGUGGAGAAAUUUCUCAAGAAGGCAGAUCCAAGUCUGUCACGCGGGGGCCACUGGAAACCGCACGACUGUCUCCCACGCUGGAAGGUGGCCAUCUUGGUUCCUUUCCGUAAUCGCCAUGAGCACCUUCCCAUACUUUUCCGACAUCUGAUCCCAGCACUGCAGAGGCAGAGACUGCAGUUCGGCUUCUAUGUCAUUGAACAGGCAGGAAAUGAACCGUUCAAUCGUGCCAUGCUGUUUAAUGUCGGUUUCAAAGAGGCCAUGAAGGACUUGAACUGGGAUUGUGUAAUAUUUCACGAUGUUGACCACAUUCUGGAAAAUGACCGCAACUACUAUGGAUGUGGUGAAAUGCCAAGACACUUUGCAGUCAAACUCAACAAGUACUCUUACAUGCUUCCGUAUGAGGAGUUCUUUGGUGGUGUGAGUGGGCUCACCGUGGAGCAGUUCAGGAAGAUAAAUGGCUUUCCCAAUGCAUUCUGGGGCUGGGGAGGGGAAGACGACGACCUUUGGAACAGGGUUCUGUUUGCUGGCUACAAAGUGAGUCGGCCUCACGGAGACAUUGGUCGUUACAUGUCUAUACCACACCACCACCGCGGGGAAGUCCAGUUUCUGGGCCGAUACAAGUUGCUCCGUAGAUCCAAGGAGAGACAGAGCCUGGACGGCCUGAAUAACUUGAAUUACUCCCCUCCAGUGUCCCGGAAGAGUCUGUACACUAAUGUGUCAUUGACGCUCAGUCGAGAGCUGGCCCCUGUCGCCGAUUACUGACAUCACACAAGGGACGGGCAAGAGAGACCCACGCCACAUGCUACACCACCAUUUUUAUAAUUUUUUUUUGUUUUUUAGGAAGGGGAGGGGAUUUCACAAAUCUUUUAAUACUCAGUGCAUUUUUUUUUCUUUUUUCUUUCAUUUUUAUAUAUAGUUUUUUUUUUCUACUUAAUUUUUUAAGCUAAUUUUACCAGAUUUGUGUUUAUUUUCCUUUGUUACUCAUCAACUGUCUGUCUAUCAUGUGAAUGGAUCAGUUCUUGAAUCCAAAACCCCAACUGCUGGUUUACUCUCGUCGGACCAGUCAGAUCCGACAUGUGGUGUGUCUUCUAAUCAGACUUCGCCUGGGGGGGAAGUCGCAUGUUUACAGCAUGAAUGAGAAAAGCUAUUGAACAAGUUAAUGACAAUUAUGCUAAACGACUUCAGAAUAGCCAUUGUAGGAGUUGAGGGAUAUGCCCUUUUCUCUGCCAGAAACAAGCACAGCUGGUUCUGUGCAUUAGAAUAUAAACUAAUAAAUGCAGAUUUAUUAAAGAGAUUUAUUAGAUGUACAAUAAAUAAGCAUGCACUGAUACUUACAGUAGAUGCUACUAACAUCACGGCUUUAAGUGGGAGUAUUCGCUCAUGAAACAUGGAAAUUAAUACAUUUAAUCAUUUUAGCUGUACAAUACAAACGUGCUCAUCUACCGCAGCACAGUUUUUAGACGUAUUCAUCACAAAGAGAUUUCUCGACAUUAGAAUGACCCCAUGAAAUGGCUUGAAAAGCACAGCGUCCUUUCCUGUGUUCAUGUAUUUUCCAAUAAAACAGGGCGUUGGGGCAUAUCAAAGGGCUUGUACCUUUUUUAAAUGGCCAGUAGCUUUUAGUUUAUGAUUUGCUACUUGUCAUUUCUAGUCAGAGGCAAGCGGUAUUGAGUGGUGGACAUUCAAUUAAAUUAAAUUAAAUUAAAUUAAAAUGGCACAGAAGUGCAAGAUUA